AUGCUUUUCUCCAAGUCACUUUUUGUACAGUCUAUCUAUAUAGCUACCAUAACAAGCUUGGUCGUUACUGCUAACACCGACUGGAGAGUUGGCCAAAUAGUGCAGACAUCGAGCGGCCUGAUAAAAGGUCAUGCUGCUAAGGACGCGGAUCAGGUUUCCGAAUACCUGGGCAUACCGUAUGCGCAACCACCGGUAGACGGACUGCGCUUCCAGCCAUCUGUUAGAUAUAACGGUACAGACACGAUCGCUGCAAGGUCUUUCGGACAUGCUUGUAUGCAGCCGGCCCUGAGUCUUUCUGGGACUGGGAAGCGCCAGAUCUUUGGGCUGGAUUUGACUCAGGCUGGGCUUGUACUACUCACCAGUUAUGCUACGAGCAUACCCAGUCAGAGUGAGGAUUGCUUAACGUUGAAUAUCUGGACAAAACCACAGACCGGCGACGACAAAAAGGCGGUAAUGGUGUGGAUUCAUGGUGGUGGAUGGAAGACUGGUGCAUCUGGUAUUGCAUGGUACAACGGCCAGUACUUUGCAGACCAGGAGGAUGUAGUUCUCGUGAGCAUAAACUAUCGUCUCAAUAUCUUCGGGUUUCCUGGCAAUCCCAACACCACGGCAAACCUAGGUCUCUUAGACCAGAGAUUAGCCAUAGAAUGGAUCCGUGACAACAUUGAAGGUUUUGGAGGAGAUCCAGAGCGAAUAACGAUAUUUGGUCAGAGUGUCGGAGGGUCUUCGGUCGACAUAUAUUCAUAUGCAUGGAAUGAUGAUCCUAUUGUGAAGGGAGUCAUCUCCCAGAGCGGAGUAGCCUGGGCUUUUGGCUUGCAGGAUCAGAGCGCCGCCACAGACCAGUGGCAGAGUGCUGCGUCAACAGUAGGCUGCACCGGAAGCACCGACGAUACUCUAAGCUGUAUGAACGGCCUCCCAGCCACAAAAGUAUUGUCCGCAAUACAGGGGACUGCGACAUUCGGUGCUAUUAUUGAUGACAAAAUUGUUUUCUCAGACUACUCAGCGCAAAAGCCAGUGGGUCUGCCGAUGCUCGUCGGCCACACUGAUUUUGAGCCAGGCCUGACACGAGCAUUGUCACAAAUCAAUGUGGCUGCAGAUGUAUAUGAUGCGCAGCAGCACGAUAUCUGGGUCUGUCCAACUGCGGAGCGAGCCCAAUAUGCUGUGCUGAACGCGAACCCAAUAUGGCGGUAUCGUUAUUUUGGAGAGUUCCCUAAUACCAUCUUGAGUGAUGACCCUCCUAGUGGUGCUUACCAUACCGCCGAGCUCCCCAUCAUUUUCGGCACGGUAACACAAUCAGUGCACGCCAAUACAGACGCGGAAAGCAACAUAAUCUCGUACAUCCGUGGAGCUUGGGCUGCAUUCGCAAAGGACCCCGAAAAGGGUUUACUAUCAUAUGGUGAUGGCUGGCCUCAAUAUAGCGCCGACGGCCAAACACUCAUCAAAUUAGCCUACAACAAUCAGACGGGGCCGAAUCUGGACACUGGAAAUGCGUACGAUAGUGGUUGCAGCGUUCCAAGGAGCCCAUCGCCAACUCCAAGUAACGUAACAGGCAAACUUUCGUUAUCGAGAUCCAUGUUGAUUUUGACUGGAGUUGUGGCCAUCAGAUAUCUGAUCAGGUUCUAA